AUGAGUGGAAAGGUUGCACCCGCCUACCGUCCGAAGGUUGUAGGCACUGCACUGUGAACCGCCGUAGGGGCUUCGUGAAUCCCACAACGGGACGGCAUACGAACGCCAUAGAGGCCAACUGGAGCAGAUUAAGGGGGAACCCUAAUAGCAAGCGAGCUCGCCGCAAGCCGGUGUACUUGGGGGGGAGGGGGUAGUGGGUCUGGAGCCUGCUCGCGGUUUGGAUUGGUUCCCGGGUCGGCUGCGUCGGCGUCGCCAAGGGCGCAACCGGCCGCGCAUAGUUGCACUUGAUUAUCGAUUGGCUUGGUGCCCGAUAGUCCUCUGCCUCUUGCCGGUGCCACUUUUUGCUCUCUCAUGCUGCACUGCACACGUCGUGUCUCGCUCUACGCUGACAAUGCCUACCCUAACUGUCUUUGUUUUUGUGUUCGCUUGUGUCUCCUUUUACGCACAGUUAUAUUUACUCCUGUUAGUAGGCCUUCAUACGACGUCAAGCCUACCUACUGCGAUUGCAGCCGUUACCUACUGACAAUGGGAAAGCUGGCGAUUGAGGAAAGCCUACAAACGCCAAUUGGAUAAGCUAACCAACGAGCGCGCAGACGAAGACUGGAAGGUGUGACUCUGUACUUCGUCCACAUUCUCUCCAUGCCUACCUACAGUGCUGUGGCCGUUACCGGCCGGUCAAAGAGGGAGCUGUCGUUUUAGGAUAGGCAACCAUCGACGAGUGGAGAAACUAACCAACGAAGGCGCAGACGGAAGACUGGAAGGUAUGACUCUGUACUUCGUCCACUUACUCUCCAUGCCUACCUACAGUGCCUGUGACCGUUACCGGCCGGUCAAAGAGGGAGCUGUCUAAUGAGGAGAGCCAACCACCGGCGAUUGGAGAAAAUAAACAGCGAACGCGCAUACGGAAGACUGGAAGAUAUGACUCUGUACUUCGUCCACUCACUCUCCGUGCUUACCGACAGUGCCUGUGGCCGCUACCGGCCGGUCUAAGAGGGAGCUGUCGUUUGAGGAGCGCCAACCAUCGACGAUUGGAGAAGCUAACCAACGAAGGCGCGGACGGAAGACUGGAAGGUAAGACUCUGUACUUCGUACACUUACUCUCCAUGCCUACCUACAGUACCUGUGGCCGUUACCGGCCGGUCAAAGAGGGAGCUGUCGAUUGAGGAGAGGCAACCAUCGACGAGUGGAGAAACUAACCAACAAAGGCGCAGACGGAAGACUGGAAGGUAAGACUCUGUACUUCAUCCACUUACUCUUCAUGCCUAACUACAGUACCUGUGGCCGUUACCGGCCUGUCAAAGAAGGAGCUGUCGUUUUAGGAGAGCCAACCGUCGACGAUUGGAGAAGCUAACCAACGAAGGCGCGGACGGAAGACUGGAAGGUAAGACUCUGUACUUCGUCCAGUUACUCUCCAUGCUUACCGACAGUGCCUGUGGCCGCUACCGGCCGGUCUAAGAGGGAGCUGUCGUUUGAGGAAAGCCAACUAUGGACGAUUGGAAAAACUAACCAACGAAGGCGCAGACGGAAGACUGCAAGGUAAGACUCUGUACUUCGUCCACUUACUCUCCAUGCCUACCUACAGUACCUGUGGCCGUUACCGGCCUGUCAAAGAAGGAGCUGUCUAAUGAGGAGAGCCAACCGUCGACGAUUGGAGAAGCUAACCAGCUAACGCGCAGACGGAAGACGGGAAAGAUAUGACUGUACUUCGUCCACUUACUCUCCAUGCCUACCUACAGUACCUGUGGCCGUUACCGGCCGGUGAAAGAAGGAGCUGUCGUUUUAGGAGAGCCAACCGUCGACGAUUGGAGAAGCUAACCAACGAAGGCGCGGACGGAAGACUGGAAGGUAAGACUCUGUACUUCGUCCAGUUACUCUCCAUGCUUACCGACAGUGCCUGUGGCCGCAACCGGCCGGUCUAAGAGGGAGCUGUCGUUUGAGGAGAGGCAACCAUGGACGAUAUGAGAAGUUAACCAGCUAACGCGCAGACGGAAGACGGAAAAGAUAUGACUGUACUUCGUCCACUUACUCUCCAUGCUUACCUACAGUGCCUGUGGCUGUUACCCGCCGGUCAAAGAGGGAGCUGUCGUUUGAGGAAAGCCAACUAUGGACGAUUGGAAAAACUAACCAACGAAGGCGCAGACGGAAGACUGGAAGGUAAGACUCUGUACUUCGUCCACUUACUCUCCAUGCCUACCUACAGUACCUGUGGCCGUUACCGGCCGGUCAAAGAGGGAGCUGUCUAAUGAGGAGAGCCAACCACCGGCGAUUGGAGAAACUAAACAGCGAACGCGCAUACGGAAGACUGGAAGAUAUGACUCUGUACUUCGUCCACUUACUCUCCAUGCUUACCGACAGUGCCUGUGGCUGUUACCGGCCGGUCUAAGAGGGAGCUGUCGUUUGAGGAGAGCCAACCAUCGACGAUUGGAGAAGCUAACCAACGAAGGCGCGGACGGUAGACUGGAAGGUAAGACACUGUACUUCGUCCACUUACUCUCCAUGCCUACCUACAUUACCUGUGGCCGUUACCGGCCGGUCAAAGAAGGAGCUGUCGUUUUAGGAGAGCCAACCGUCGACGAUUGGAGAAGCUAACCAACGAAGGCGCGGACGGAAGACUGGAAGGUAAGUCUCUGUACUUCGUCCAGUUACUCUCCAUGCUUACCGACAGUGCCUGUGGCCGCUACCGGCCGGUCUAAGAGGGAGCUGUCGUUUGAGGAGAGGCAACCAUGGACGAUAUGAGAAGUUAACCAGCUAACGCGCAGACGGAAGACGGAAAAGAUAUGACUGUACUUCGUCCACUUACUCUCCAUGCUUACCUACAGUGCCUGUGGCUGUUACCCGCCGGUCAAAGUGGGAGCUGUCGUUUGAGGAAAGCCAACUAUGGACGAUUGGAAAAACUAACCAACGAAGGCGCAGACGGAAGACUGGAAGGUAAGACUCCGUACUUCGUCCACUUACUCUCCAUGCCUACCUACAGUACCUGUGGCCGUUACCGGCCGGUCAAAGAAGGAGCUGUCGAUUGAGGAGAGGCAACCAUCGACGAGUGGAGAAACUAACCAACGAAGGCGCAUACGGAAGACUGGAAGAUAUGACUCUGUACUUCGUCCACUUACUCUCCAUGCCUACCUACAGUGCCUGUGGCUGUUACCGGCCGGUCAAAGAGGGAGCUGUCGAUUGAGGAGAGCCAACCACCGGCGAUUGGAGAAGCUAACCAACGAAGGCGCAGACGGAAGACUGGAAGGUAAGACUACGCACUUCGUCCACUUACUCUCCAUGCCUACCAACAGUGCCUGUGGCUGUUACCGGCCGGACGAUUGGAGAAGCUAA